AUGGCAACCGGCGUCGCAGGAAGUAGUAGUACUGCAAACCAAGUUAACCGUCCAAAAACCACUCUUCAUAUUCAACCCCAAACUCCAGCACCUUGGUCCACCGGACUCUGUGACUGUUGUGAUGAUUUCUCAAGCUGUUGCUUAACGUGCUGGUGCCCAUGUGUUACAUUUGGACGAAUUGCAGAAAUUGUUGAUAGGGGAUCGACGUCAUGUGGAGUAAGUGGAGCACUGUACACAUUAAUCCUGUGUAUGACGGGCUGUUCAUGUUUGUACUCGUGUUUUUAUCGGUCCAAAUUGAGAGGGCAAUUUUUCUUGGAGGAAAGUCCGUGCACAGACUGCUGCGUUCAUUGUUGUUGUGGGGAAUGUGCCUUGUGUCAAGAGUACAGAGAGCUCAAGAACCGUGGUUUUGACAUGUCUAUUGGGUGGCAUGGGAACAUGGAGAGACAGAACAGAGGAGUUGCAAUACCUCCAGCGGUGCAGGGGGAUAUGAGCCGCUAA